GUUAAAUUGAGAAUUGUAUAAAAUUUUUAAUUUAUCAUCGAUCAUACUUUAUCACAAUGCCAUCAGAAAUCGAAGUAUUCGAUGAUAGUAUAUUGAAUAAAUUUCCAAAAGAAUUAUACAAUUGUUUAAAAGAAUUAUCAAAAAUCAAAGAUGAUAUUGCCGGAACACGUUUAGGACAAAUUCAAAUAAAGAAUAUUAAUUAUAGUUGUAUUCGAAGUAAAAUUGAUGAUGGAAAAGCUGAUCGUUUUACAUUAUCAAUACCGUAUGCAAAUAAUAUUUUAGAAUGGACCAUAUUAUUUGAUAUCAAUAAUUUAAAUCUCGGACCAGAUUUUCAAUUUGAUGAUGUUACAUUUUUAUCUGAUCCAGAUUUUGAAAUUAUUAAAAAUAAUGUACCGAGUUGGAAUCAAUGGGAUAUCAAUAAUUCGAAAUCUUUAAGUAAAAUUAUUAAAGAAUUAUAUGAUUUUUAUAAACAACAUCAGAUAAAUUUAUUGAAUCAAGAUAUUGAAACUCGACCAUAUUUUGAAUAUUCAUGUUUAGUUGGUGAAAAAGUUGUACAGGCAAAUCAUAUUGAAGUUUUGAUACAGGGUGAUACAGUUAUGUUUCUUAUUUAUUUGGAUAUCGAAUACCCAGAUUUACCAAUGCAUAAUGAAGAAAUGAAAAAUCCCAAUGGAGAUGCAACAUUUUUAUAUGUAAAAUUUACAAAACCAAAUACAAUCACAUCAAAAUUAUAUUUAACGCCACGUAUUGAACAAGUAUUGGGUGAUCAAACAAAUCAACGUAUACCAUCAUUAACAAGCGAUUCAAAUUGUUUAUUAGAUUAUGUGCCACAAGUGAAAAAAUGGUUAAAGGAGCGAUUAGAACAAGUUGCACUUAACUAUAAAAAGAGUCAAGAAUUUAUUAGUACGGUUCUGUUAUAUUAUAAAUCAAAUAUUAUUGAAUACGAUGCUGUUGGAUUUAGUAAAGUUGUUUUAUUAUUCGAAACAAAAGGAUUUUAUUGGAUGCUAACGAUCACUUUAGGAAAGAAAUUUCCAGCUGAUAAACCUAAAUAUUUGUACACAUCUGUAAACCAUUUAGUAUAUGAAUCAGUAUUUUCAGAAACUUUGGGCAACGAUUAUUCUUAUAAUCCACGUUGGGAUGCAAAUUUAAUGUUGGAGAAAGCAAUGAGUUGUAUUCUGAAAAAUAUUGAUAAUUUCAGAAGUACAGCGAUGGCUAAAAGCACUAUAUAA